GUUAUUUAUAAUGACGACAGACCAACACAAUAGUUUGUUUAGCCAUUUUGACAGCCCUGCUGCAGACACGUUAUUAUGAGCGCGUCUAAAACGCGUGACAAGAACGCGUGCUGAUGUCUGUGUUCCCGCAGGAGCUCAUGCAGCAGAACGACAUCGCUUACGUGCUCAACGCUAGCAACACCUGCCCCAAACCAGACUUCAUCCCCGACUCGCAUUUCUUGCGCAUUCCUGUCAACGACAGCUUCUGCGAGAAGAUCCUGCCCUGGCUGGACCGAUCCGUGGAGUUCAUAGAGAAAGCCAAGGCCAGUAACGCCAGAGUCCUGGUCCACUGUCUGGCGGGAAUCUCUCGCUCGGCCACCAUCGCCAUCGCCUACAUCAUGAAGAGGAUGGACAUGUCGUUAGAUGAAGCGUACAGGUUCGUGAAGGAGAAGCGUCCGACCAUCUCGCCCAACUUCAACUUCCUAGGUCAGCUGCUGGACUUCGAGAAGAAACUAAAAAGCGCGAGCGACGCGCCGCUCAAACCCCGACCGCCGGCAGACGAGCAGAAGCAGGAGCCGCUGACGAUGCCCUGCGUUCUGGCCGGCGUCCCCGAGGAGCAUCUUCUGGCCCGGGCGCUCUGCGGCCUUCAGCUCGGCGAGGAACCGCAGGAGAACGUCCGGCCCAAACGCUCCUUCUCCCUGGACAUCAAGUCGUACGGCGAGUCCGGAGCGUCUCUGCGAGCGUUUCCCGUCGGUGAGCCCUGCCAGUUCUCGCCGGUGCAGGAGGUUUCGGAGCAAAGUCCGGCUGAAGAUAAUAGUAAGACGCUCCAGCGCAGCGGCAGCAUGGAUGGAGCUCCGUCUAAAACAGCUAAAGCACUUAAAGGCUGGCACUCAGACAUCGUCCUCGGACCCGUAACUGGAGGCUGGUUCCUCUCCUCCGAGUCGGCGCGCUUUUACGGCUGCGCUCAGGGUCUGGAGGCGGUGAGGAGGCGCGGGCGACAGCGCAGCGGAGACGGAGGAGACUCUCGCAGGAGCUGGCACGAGGAGAGCAGCUUCGAGAAGCAGCUGAAGCGCAGGAGCUGCCAG